AUGCCACAGAGCCCUGUGCGUCACCGAGCCACAGACCAGGUCAUGGCUCUGAAGAUGAACAAACUGAGCAGUAACAGAGCCAACAUGCUGCGAGAAGUGCAACUGAUGAACCGCCUGUCGCACCCCUGCAUCCUCAGGUUCAUGGGUGUGUGUGUUCAUGAAGGCCAGCUACACGCUCUGAUAGAGUACAUAAACGGGGGGAACCUGGAGCAGCUCCUGGACAGUAACAAGCCGCUGAGUUGGCCAAUCAGAGUGAAGCUGUCUCUGGACAUCGCGAGCGGCUUGGAUUAUCUCCACUGUAAAGGAGUGUUCCACCGGGACCUCACCUCCAAGAACUGCCUGAUCAAGUGUGAGGACAGCGGUUACUCUGCGGUGGUGGGAGACUUCGGCCUGGCAGAGAAGAUCCCCACAAACACUGCGGAGGCAGAGAAGCUGACGGUGGUGGGCUCUCCGUUCUGGAUGGCCCCUGAGGUCCUGAGGGGAGAGCGCUACAACGAGAGGGCCGAUGUGUUUUCCUUCGGGAUCGUUCUUUGUGAGAUCAUCGCCAGAGUUCAGGCCGAUCCAGACUUUCUGCCACGAACAGAGAACUUCGGCCUGGACUAUCACCAGUUCCAGAACAUGGUUGGAGACUGUCCUCACGACUUCCUGCAGCUGACCUUCAACUGCUGCAACAUGGACCCCAAACUGCGGCCCCUGUUCCCAGACAUCGUGCGACCCCUGGAGCAAAUCCUGGCUCGACUGAAACUGACGGAGCAGGACUCUGUCACCGAGGGCAACGACAUGAAGAGCCUCAGCAAAGGAGAGAAGUGCUUCAAGAGGCUGAACCCUCUGGGUUUUCAGGACGGAAAGAUCCCGCCAAAGUCGCCCCGCCCCCGACGCAACAUCUGGCUGAGCCGCAGCCAAUCAGACGUCUUCUCCUGUAAACCAGGAAGGAAAGUGAACGUGCAGGACCCGUACUACAACCCUCUGGUGCAGAAAGAGGCUAAAGCUCCGAAGGUGAACCCGUUCACGGCGAGAGAGGACCUCUGCGGCGGCAAGAUCAAGUUCUUUGAUGUUCCCACAAAGUCUGUGUUCUCUCUGGUGUUCGACCUGCACUCUCCUCCAGGGAGCGUGUUCUGUCAGAAGCCGGCUAAUGCUAACAGCGAGGACGCGUACUCAUGGCAACAGUUACCAGGACGACAGUGUCACUCACUGCCCGUGUCUCCACGGUUACCGCACUCCUUCCAACUGCCGCCUGCCGUUGUCAACCACAACAACUGCGGCUCCGUGACGUGUGACGGCAGCCAGCCGCCAGCUCUGAGCUCCAGAACAGACUCGUCUCAGAGCGACGUGAAGCAGAGAGCGGUGAGCGGCUGGAGCAGGAAGUACGUGGUGGUGGAGAUCCCCCCCUUCUGCUGCAGGACACCCCCUGGGGCCGGUCCUGGAUCAGACCCUGGAUCAGACCCUGGAUCAGACCCUGGAGCUGGCUCUGGGUCUGGGGGCUGUGACUGGGCCCUCGUACCCCCCUCUGAGAAGAACAGCUCUGAGGCCAUGGACGUGUGCAGCCUGGAGGAGCCUCAUGUUUAG